CAGGCGACGUUCGCAUGGCAGCGCGCGCAUGUGAAGCGGAAUAUGUGACAAUAAUUAAUAUGAAUACAUGAAACAUACGUUGCACGGUAACUCAUCUUUUCCAACAUCUAAGUUGGCGCCUUAUUGGCAUAUAUGCGUAGAAAUGCACCCGAAUACACUCACAGUAAUUUAAUGGAUUGUAGGAAGAAUCGUCCCUAAACGCAUCGUUUCUCUUCAUUCCUUCGCGAUCGGGAGCGCGGACAGGUUGCGUUCUUCUUCGUUAGCUUUCAAUAUUCUUUUAUCGACAUCAAGGUUUUAUUCAACGCCUUUUUAACGUCGGCCUGCUCUUUGGUGUGCUUUAUUUCCGAUUUUGCCGGACUGGAAGUUUCAUGCAUUCAGUUUUUUUUAGGUUGAUUUAGACACAGCUUUUGUCGUACUGUGCCAUCAUUUCGUUUGUGUAUUAUUUCAUUUUGAAGAGCAGCACAACUUGCUAAGGCUUUGAAUCGGGAGAAUAAGCGCUGGAACACGGAAAGAGACCGGGCUUUCUAUUUGGCUAGCGUUUUGGACAUCAGUUGCAACCGAAUCCAUAUAAAACUGAGAUAAUUAAAGAAAAGCUAUAUUUUUCUGUUUGUUCUCCAUUUAUCGUCCAUUUAUAUAUUUAUUUAUUUUGUCAAAGGGUUAAUAUUACCUACUCUGACGUCUGCAUCUGAUAUUUUCUUCUGCUUUUUUUUUUUUCCAAUGUGCAAUUUUUUUCCCUAGCGGCUUUGCGUACAGAGGAGUAGAACCUGUAUCAUCAGCAGCAAUAAUAAGGGAAUGCAGAUUUCUUUUUUUUAUUUUUCACCAACCGCACCCCCACCCCCAUCACCAAACGUUUACAUCUGAAGGAAAAAAGUGCUUAAACACAGCACACACAGAGGAGCAAUCCCCCCGCGCAGAAUCGUCGUUGGAACUAUGACUCUUCUGCAGAUUUGGACUGGCAAAUUGCAGCAGCCAGAAUACCGUCCGUAAGGCGCUGCUGCUUUUUGUUUGUAUAUAUUUUUUUUGGUCUUUGUUUUAUCUUUUCGGCCUUUUGUACAUUUUUUCUUCAUUUUGAACUUACUGGAACUUUCGAAAGUGUUAUUUAUUUUGAGCAAGAUGCCUGCUCUUCUGGUGUUGGUCGAAGGGGUCUGUGACCUGCACGGGUUUCCUUAGCUAGGAAGACGACUGUGCCAAAUUAGAGCUUUAUACAUAUAUUAUGUAUAUUUUAUAGAAACGUUUAUAUAUGUAUAUUCGCCAACCACUGUAUUCCGGCCAGUUCAUUGCCUGUAUAUUUUAUUUUACGUCUCAGGUGGAUUUUUCAAUUAUUUAUUUAUUUGUUUGUUUGUUUAUUUAUUUAUUUGCCGAGGACCACAGGCGGUUGGAUUACUAAAACUGUAUACAAGGAUUUGUGGAAAUGUUGGGUCCUCAAGAAGAUAAAUUAUGUGGAAUUGUCUCAGCAUUGGCGGCUCUCUCCCUCGUCUGUUUUGCUCAAAGCACCUCCACUGGAAAUACCGGAAUAUCUGUGGCCAAAAAGACAGUGGACAAGUUACUGAAGGGGUAUGACAUCCGUUUGCGGCCUGAUUUUGGAGGUCCUCCAGUCAUCGUGGGAAUGAGCAUCAACAUCGCCAGCAUUGACUCCAUCUCAGAAGUCAACAUGGAUUACACCAUCACCAUGUAUUUCCAGCAAAGCUGGCGGGACAAGCGGCUGGCAUAUGCCGAACUUGCGCUCAACCUCACGCUAGACAACCGCGUGGCUGACCAACUCUGGCUCCCGGACACCUACUUUCUCAACGACAAGAAGUCCUUCCUGCACGGGGUGACGGUGAAGAACCGCAUGAUCCGGCUGCAUCCUGACGGCACGGUCCUCUACGGACUCAGGAUAACCACGACGGCGGCCUGCAUGAUGGACUUGAGAAGAUACCCCCUCGAUGAGCAGAACUGCACCCUGGAGAUUGAGAGCUAUGGAUACACAACAGACGACAUUGUGUUCUUCUGGCAAGGUGGGGACAACGCAGUGACAGGUGUGGACAAGCUGGAGCUGCCUCAGUUCUCCAUCGUUGAGUUACACCUGGUAUCGAGGGAGGUCAGAUUCACCACAGGCUCUUAUCCUCGGCUCUCCCUGAGCUUCAGGAUCAAGAGAAACAUCGGCUACUUCAUCCUGCAGACCUACAUGCCUUCUAUCCUGAUCACCAUCCUCUCCUGGGUCUCCUUCUGGAUCAAUUACGAUGCCUCUGCUGCUCGGGUGGCCCUGGGUGUUACGACGGUGCUCACCAUGACAACCAUCAACACCCACCUGCGAGAGACCCUCCCAAAGAUCCCCUAUGUCAAAGCCAUCGACGUCUACCUCAUGGGCUGCUUUGUGUUUGUGUUCCUGGCCCUGCUUGAAUAUGCCUUUGUAAACUAUGUGUUCUUUGGCCGGGGGCCCCAACAGCAGAAGAAGGUCAACGAGAGGCUCAACAAAGCCAACAACGAGCGUCAGCGCUACGAGGAGAAGCGCAUGAGAGAGCAGGACUCCAUUUCAGCGCCGUUUCAAACCAACACCCUCAGGUCAUAUACACAGCGAAGGAAUCUGUAUCUCGAGGAACAAAGAAAAGUUGGGGUGGAUGCAUACGGGAACAUCCUCCUGACGACGCUGGAGAUGAACAAUGAGGUGAUGCACUCCGACCUGGGGAGCAGCGUCAGCGACUCCAGGAACUCCGUCAUGUCCUUCGACAGCUCCGGCGUGCAGUUCCGGAAGCCGGUAACCUCCCGGGACGGGUUCGGGCACCACUCGCUCGACCGCAGUGCCAUGCGGAACCGGGCUAACUGUAGGCUCCGGAGGCGGUCGUCGAAGCUGAAGUUGAAAAUCCCAAACCUUUCCGACGUCAGCACCAUUGACAAAUGGUCCCGGGUCAUUUUUCCCAUUACUUUUGGAUUCUUUAACCUAAUCUACUGGUUAUACUAUGUGAAUUGAUGUGCAUCAGUUUAGGAAACAUGGGCCAUAUUUUGAGAGCACAUUAAAUUGGCUUUGAUACGAUUGGAAAAUAUGUAUAUACAUAUACUAAUUGCUAUAUAUGUAUAUGCAUAUUUAUACAUAUUAUAUUUAUAUAUACACAUGCGUGUAAAUCUAAAAGACUUUUCUGAUGUAAAAAGUAUUAAUAGAAUGACUUGAAUGUUUAAAAAAAAAAAGCGAGAGAAACAUUUCAGGCCUUUGAAUUUCCGUUCCUUCUGAAACAAGCAAACAAACGAAAACACCUCAAAUCCCUAAGCGGAUUUGGACUCAAGACUGCAUGAUAUUUUUGCUAAAAGAAAAAGAAACAUCGUUAAAAAACAAAAAAAAACAAACAAACAAAAAAAUACAAAAAAAAGAGGACAGUUCGGAGAGACUC